CAACAACCAGCCUGGUGAUAUCAUAUGCUGUGGCUGAACCUCCACACAGAAGCAAAAUGGCCGAUAGUAAACUAACCGAUCAUACAGCGUCUGACAGUCAUCAAGGGGUUAUGCAUGUUUUGUUUACAGCUUGAGAACUAUAGUCGCUCAAAAAGGAUACUCGCCUUUCCGCAUUUUUUCUACGAUUAACAUUUCGCCUUUCGGUGAUGUCAUUUCUUAUUCAAUUUAGCCUUGAAAGCCUCGAAGAACUAGCUCGCUAGGCUAGCUACCUUGCUAGCCUGCUAGCGGUAGGUCUGCAAGAAUUUUUGCACAGCAGCACUUUUAUGUCCUAUGUGAUUCCCGAAACAGGAGAAUCAGGAAAGGGAGCAGUAGUUCAUGGAAGACAAGAAAAAGAAGAAAGAAGAUAAAAAGAAAAGGGAAACCUCUCAGAAGGUGCCAGAACAGAAAAUCAAAGUGCCAGAAUCAGCCAAGCCCUCCUGUUCCCAGCCGCUCGCCACCCCAGGCUCAGUGUCCCCCAGCCCUGGCCCUGUUGCCCCCUCAUCCCCCAAUCCUGGUGCAGCCGGGGUUUCUGCACAAGUUCCUCCUGGUGGCGGGAACAAUGCAAAGCAGCGGACUGCUGUGGCCAACGGACAGCCCUCCUCCUCCCCAUCUGGAAGCCAGACCUCCCAGCAGCAGCGAUACAUGUCCAGAGAGGUUCCACCAAGAUUUCGCUGCCAGCAGGACCAUAAAGUGCUACUGAAGAGGGGCCAGCCACCGCUGUCCUCCAUGCUGCUGGGGGGAGGCGGAGGUGAUGGGGCUGCAGGAGGGGUUGGAGGAGGCAGUGGCUGGGUAGCCGCCCCAUCUCUUUCCUCACAGGAAGCAGAUAACCCCAAUGCAAACACAGCUGGAGGCACAGAUUCCAACCUGGGUUUAUCCUCCACUUCACCCCCCAACUCCUCUUCAUCCUCAUUAUGUGUCGCUGCUCUGUCGUCUUCUUCUACUACUACUACUACUUCAACUUAUGCAAAUUCCACAUGGGGGGCAGGCUCUGGCAGCCAGUCCUCUUCUCAGGGCUGCGGGAAGGUGAUUGUGGAUGGGACGGACCUUGGGGAUUGGCCUAGCAUCCUAGGAGUGGCCAAAUUGAGUUCUGACGGGGCUGGAGGAGGAGGGGUGCAGGAGCAAGACUGCCCUGGUAACAACAACAACAGUAGUGCCUCAUGGAGUGAGAAAAACAUCCAGCAGAAGGGAGGAGCAGUAGGAGGAGGAGCAGGGAAUAUGGACAAUCCUUCCUCACCUCGUUCUUCUCCUCUUUCCUCUUCCUCGCUUAAUGAAUGUGUUCAGUCAAGUGGUGGUGUGUGGGGCUCUUCCACCUCCUCUCAGGGGGAGGCAGGGCUAGGAUCAGCAGCAUUUUACAAUUCCAAAGUCUCCCAUCUUCUUCCUGGGCCUCAGGAGAGCCCUCUGGGUGGCAGCAGCAGUGUCCCUGGUGCCAAUUUCAACCCCAAUGUGAACCCCUCCGCCUGGCCUGCCCUGGUGCAGGGUGGGACAUCAUCUUCGGCUAGCGAUGGCCUUCCACUACACUCGUCCAUUACUUCAGCUUCCUCGUUCUCUGCCAGCACCACUCUCAUCACCACUCACUCUCUUUCAUCUGUGAAUCAAACUGGUCUCCAUCAGCAGCACACUGAGACAGCUGUGGGAGCCAGGGGUGGAGAACAGCAGCAGCACUUAGGAAACCUAGGGCCAGAGUUGGGUUCAGGCGGGGGAGCAAGAGGAGCAGGACCAAAUCAAGAAGGUGGCAUUGAGAGGGACUGUGGGGGUGCUAGUGUUGAAGGCGAAAGGAGUGGUAAUCUUUCUGGCUCUUCGUCUUCCUCCUCUGCUGCCUCUUCUUCUUGGAGAUCCAUGCCUCCAGUGUCCUCUGACCUGUGUGCAGGUGCCUCACAGGCAGAUGGGUGGGGUGGAGGAGGGACUGGAGCUCAGGGGCAGGAAGGGAAUGUGUGGGGCUUUGGAAGCCAGGGUGACAGGACAGGGUGGGGUAGGGGAAAUGAUGGUAGCUCAAAUACCCCAGCGGUAUCUCAGGGAGCGUGGGAAGGAGGCAGUUCAGAAGCAGAGUGGGGUGGCACGGUGGGAGGUGUAAGUUCGAGUAACUUAGCAAUAGGAAGUGGAAGAGGAGGAGAUGGGAGCAGCAGCAGUAGUAGUGGAGGCAGUGUAGGUAUUGGUGGCAGCGUUUUGCAGGACUCUGCCUCACCAAAGUUUGCAACUAUGACAAAAGCUUGGGACAAUCAGAAAGGGAUGGAAAGUGGGGACGGGGAGUGGGGUGGAGGAGGGGGAGGGCCGGCUGAAGGCACUGCAGGUGAACCGCCUUCAUCCUCCAGUGGAGCAGGGUCCAAAGCUGGAAGUGGUGAAGGAGAGAGUGAUGGCAGCGUACAUAAGCAGGAGCGAGCCCCGUUUGUACACCAACGUUCCGACCAGAACUCCAAUGCUGAUGUGGCCUUACUCAGCAUGCUCAAUCGAUCUGACCUGGACCCCAGGGUUCUGUCUAAUACGGGCUGGGGGCAGACCCAGAUUCGACAGAAUGUGGCCUGGGACCUGGACACCACAACAGGAGUAAGAAAGAGAAAUGAAAGAAGCACUUCAUCGUCCUCUGCAUUCUCAUCAGCAACCGUGAACACUACCACUAAUCGCGGCCCUGGGUACCCGUCUAACACCAGUUCAAUAAAUAAUGAUCCAUCGGCUGGCAGUCACACGACCAGCCUGAACUCUGGCCCUGUUACAAUGAGGGAUAGCUGGGAUGGUGGUGCUGCACAGUCUACCUGUGGUCCUCGCAUGCUUGGUAGCACUAUAAGAAAGCCAGGAACGCCAGAGGAAGAUGUGGAGGGCAACCAGGGGAAGGCAGCUGGAGGCUGGGGGGAUCUCCCACCUGAAAACCAGGGCAAAGGAUGGGGGACUGAAGAAAAAAAAUGGGGUGAUCACAGAGGAGGAGGCAGCGGAGGAGGGAACUGGAAAGAAGUUGGAGAGCAGGGUAGUGGGUGGGCAGAUGGUCCAGAGGAUAAAGGGACAGGGGGAUGGAAGGGGAAUGGAAGAGGGGAGUCAGGUGGUUGGGGAGGACAGUGUGGAGGGGGAGACAGGGGACAAAGGGACUCUAUACCUGGAGGCGGGUGUGGAGAUGGGCGAAGCAGAGUUGUAAGCAACUCUGAUGAGAAGGGGUCUUCCUGGGGUCAUUUGGAUGAAGGGGGACCUCAGCGAGGAGGGUGGGGAGGGGGAGAUGUGGGUGGAGGCAAAUCCCACCAUGACUGGGGGAGUUCCAAGUCCCAUACAGCAGCAGCACAUAUACCAAACAGCCAAGUGGCACCAAUGAAAGCCCCAAAUCAACAGCAGCACCAAUCACAGGGCCAGCAGCCACAAGGAGGUCCCAUUCAAGGAGGGUGGAAUAGCCGGUCCAAUGUUGGAGGUGGAGGUCCACCAUCCAAGAAUCAGAACCAAAGUUCAGGCUGGACCUCCGGCCCGAUCCCCCAAAUCUCUGGGGGCGGGGGUGACUCCCUGGAGCCCAGUGGCUGGGAAGAGCCCUCCCCUCAGUCCAUCAGUCGCAAAAUGGAAAUCGACGAUGGCACUUCAGCCUGGGGAGACCCAACCCGCUACAAAAGCAAGAAUGUGAACUUGUGGGACAAAAAGAGUGCUACGCCUGGUCAAAGCCACAGUCAGCAGGCCCCACCACCAUCCAUCCAACAACCACCUAGAAGGCAGCAGGGGAUGCAGCACAGCAGGGACGCAAACCCGGGCAAUGCUGCAGUGGGUCCUGGCAUGUGGGGAGGAGGUGCACAAUCUGUGGAUAAUGGUACGACUUCUUGGAGCCAGUCGUCAGAUUCAGCAACAGGUUGGGGCGAUCCAGAUGAACCCAGCAAAGCUUCUGGCUGGAGGAACCCUUCACCCAACCCUGGUAAACUUGGCACUAAGUCAAUGGAGAGCUGGGGUGGGAAGGGAGAGGGCUCUGUUGCAGCCUCCCGUCACCCCAGCUGGGACGAAGAAGAUGAUGGUGGUGGAGGGGUCUGGAACAGCACUGGUUCCCAGGGAAACAGCUCCUCCUACAACUCUGGAGGCUGGGGCCAGAGUCACGGGGGAAAGAGAGGCAACCUCAAGAGUGGAGGAGGGGACAGCUGGAUGAACCCUGUGUCACGCCAGUUUUCAAACAUGGGUCUUCUGGGUGAUGACCCAAGUCUUGACAAAAAGAUGGAAGGAGACAAGAGAGGAAUAACUGACUAUAACGGAGAGAUGCGGAGGGGAGGAAGAGGUGGAGGAGGUUAUCGCAUGCCUAGUUCCAAAGACAUGGGUCCUGCUGACAUGGGGCCCUAUGGUGAAAAGAUGGGUGGCCACGGGAUGUUUGUUGGCAGUGGCGGAGGGAUGCCUCAGCCUCGAGGGAUGCACCAGCCUGGCAUGCAUCCAAUGAACCCCUCCCAGGGUUUACGUGCUCAAGUGCCUCAUCAGUUCCUGUCGGCUCAGGUGCCGGGUCCUAUGCUGAAGCAGAUGCCGUCACCUGGUGGCAGUGUGGCUGGAGUGGCUGGAGUGGUUGGAGGAGUAGGAGGAGUAGGAGGAGUCGGAGGCGUCGGUGGUGUUGGAAGUGUCGGAGGGGUCGGUGGUGUUGGUGGAGGAGUGUUCCCUCCUCAGAUUUCCCCACAGCAGCUAGCAAUGCUCAGCAACAUUUACCCCCACAUGCAGCAGUUCCAUCUGGCUUGUCAGCUCCUGCUACAACAGCAGCAGCAACAGCAGCAGCAGCAGCAGCUCCUGCAGAACCAGAGGAAGUUCCCUCAGCCUCAGCCUCUCAGGCAGCAGCCUGACCCACAGCAGCUGGCAAGGAUUAUGGCUAUUCUGCAGCAGCAGAGACAGCAGCAGCAGGGUGGAGUUGGAGGAGCAACAGCAGCAGGAGGAGGGAGCUCCAAACUGUCCCCCUCUCACCUGGGAGGAGGCCUAUCCAAACAGCCCAUGGUAGACCCCCUUUCACAUCCUGGAAUGGGGGGGGCCUUAUCAGACCUUCAUGCCAAAACUCAAGGGAUGUACUCUGGCCUUGCCCCUGGUGGUAACCUGUCAGGACUGGAGCUCAGCUCCAUGAUGGGUGGGAUGAAGGACACAGUAGGACAGCAAUCCCGCUUCAAAUGGAUGAUGGAGGGACACUCCCCAGCUCCAUCUCCCCCUGAGACAACCCUUCACAAGAAUGGCCCUUUACCUAGUUCUAUAAAGGUGAGAGGGGGAUCCCCUUACUCCCAGUAUGAAAUGCUGGGCAGUGAUGGUGUGGGGAUUCCCCCUCAAGGCUCUGCAGACAACUGGCACCGGACCCCUGGGAGUAAAAUGGGGAACAAACCUGCCACAUCUAGCUGGCCUCCAGAGUUCCAGCCCGGUGUGCCCUGGAAGGGAAUCCAGAGCAGUGGAGACCCAGAGUCUGACCCCUACAUGACCCCUGGUAGUGUUCUUGGCUCCCCAGGACCCCCGAGCCUCAACGACUCUGACCACCAGUUACUGCGAGACAACAUAGGGCCAAACCCCUCCCUCAACACCUCGCUGCCUUCACCUGGUGCCUGGCCCUACAGUGCCUCAGACAGCCCCCUCAGCAAUGCACACAGCACAGGAAAGUACUCCGAGUACAAGCCCAGCUGGCCCCCAGAGCCCAUCGGACAAAACAAGUUGUGGAAGACCAAUCGCAACAGCUCACAGCUGCCACGCCCCCCUCCUGGCUUAACCAAUCAGAAGCAGGCCGCGCCCUCCCCAUGGGGCAGCGGAGGCCCACGGUUGGCCCGGAGCUGGGGAGGGAGCGGGAUUAAUCAAGAGUCGAGAUUUGUGCCAGGCUCAGCUUGGAGCGAUGGCGUUGCCUCCAGAGGCAGCUGCUGGUUGCUGCUGAGCAACCUAACCCCUCAGAUUGAUGGCUCCACGCUAAGGACUAUCUGCAUGCAGCAUGGCCCCCUGCUGACCUUCCACCUCGGCCUGACGCAGGGCAGCGCUCUGAUUCGCUACAGCAGCCGGCAGGAAGCAGCCAAGGCUCAGGGUGCACUGCACAUGUGUGUUCUGGGCAACACCACAAUCCUGGCGGAAUUUGUGAGUGACGAAGAAGUUGCACGCUAUUUUGCACAUUCCCAGGCCGGAGGGGCCGAGGGGGGCAGCUCAGGAGGGUCAGCAGCCGGUGGGACGCAGGGUUCAUCUGGAACGGGCACAGCUGUGGCCAGCAGUGGCGGUAACUCCCCGGGGAAUGAGCGGGCAGCAGCGGGCACAACUUCAGGUGGAAAUGGAAAUGGUGGUGGAGGAGGGGAAAGUGGAGCAGCGGGUCUAGGUAGUGGGAGGUCCUCCGGCUCUGCCUGGCAGAGCCUCGAUGGUACAGGCAGUCCUUCAGAAACCUCUUCAGCCCAAGGACCUGGGCUGGGGAUCUUUUCCCAGUGGAGCACCAACGGGGCAGGGGAGGGAGGAGGUGUCGGGGCAGUAGACUCUGGGAGGUCUGGGCUCUGGGGCGGCAUGAGUGCGGGAUACCCCAGCAGCAGCAGCCUGUGGGGAGCACCGCAAAUGGAGGAAAGGCACCAAAUGGACAGCCCUGCCGCAUUGUUGCCUGGCGACCUGCUGGGGGGAGGAGCUGAUUCCAUCUGA